UUAAAAAAAAAAUAUUUGUCCACCUCAUCAUUCCACUUACUUUACGUAUAUGAUUUAUCAUAUUACUUAUUUAAUAAAAUUAAUAAAAUUAUAAAAAUAAAUAAUAUGAUUGAUUUAUUCUCCACCAGUCAAGAUCCGAUCGACAAGAUUGUCAUUGUACGCAGUGCGUUCGUCACGCUGGCGCCGAUCUCGCUCCAGUCGCCCUUCGACGACCAUCCCGUCUCCGAAACCACCAUCUCGAGGUCGUCAAACUUCAACGCCGACAUUGUCGCGAACAUGGUGUCGAUAUGGGCAUCGAAGAAGCUGGAGUACCUGAGCUCGCUGCCGGCGUCGACGACGCCAAGAUUCUCCCGGAAUAGAGCGUACGUAGUCCAACUAGAUGACUUCGGAGUUCGCUUUGUAAGCGAAAAACGGGUAAGCGUUCACCAUCAGGUACGAGCCGGUCUCGCAGAGGCACUCCAGCAUUGGGAGGAAAACCGGCUCGACGAACUCCUGCCGGAACGACCACCCUUAAUACAUAAUGUAAUUUUGUGCAUUACAUAGUUUAUGGAAUCAUAAAAAAAAACUCCAAUAAACCAAUUCACCCAAC